AUGAUUCCUCACGUCUUUUUCAAACGUUUACGAAGCACGUAUGAAAUAUUUCUCUUGUGUAUUCUUUCACUAGUUCUCACAUCAGGACAUUCGACAUUUCGACCAAGUUCAGAAGACAAUCAAUUCACUCGUCGAUUAAGUGGUGGAGGUGGUGACAAGAACAAAUCUGUCCCAUUUAAUUCAUGGAGUAACAGUCUCGACACUUUGCAAUAUGUUCUUGCAUUUAUGAUUGUACUUGUUGCUGCGCAUCCACUUGGUCUCUUUUUUCCAAAGUUUUUUAAACUUCCACUUAUUACGGGAUAUCUUGUUAUUGGUGUCAUUGCUGGUCCAUUUGUGACGAAUCUCUUACCAACGGAACUUGUGAAGCUUUUAUCAAGUUAUGUCAGUGCUUUAGCUCUGUCAUUUAUUUCGUUUCAAGCAGGUCAAGAAAUUUAUCUUCCGGAACUUCGACCACAAUUAAAAUCCAUUAUGAUUCUACUUGGAGUCUUAUACAUUACGGCAAUGAUCAUUCUAUCUGCUGGUAUUUUAUUAAUGGAAGAAGCUUUUUUUUACAAAGAUAUGGGCUCAAUAUGUCAAUUGGGUAUUGCGUUGAUGUUUGGUUCAAUUUCAGUUCUGGGAUCUCCCGCAACAGUCAUGGCAAUUAAAAUUGAACUUAAUAGUGUGGGACCAUUCACAAGUUUAAUGCUUGGAGCAACAAUGACAGCAGAAUUUAUUGUACUCAUUUCGUUUUCCAUUUCACGAAUUGUGACGUCCAUUUAUUGUGCGAAAUUAAAUGUUUCAAUGCUCAAUCUUGCGUAUACGAUGUCAAUCGUUGCAUCGAAUGUAUUAGUUGGUAUUCUACUUGCUGGUGUGACGUUACUUAUCUUUAAAAUUCCCGGUGGUGAUCAUCAUGAGGAACAUGAAGAGACAGAAGUUUAUUGUGAAGAAAAGUCGACCGAAAAAUUGGUACUGACUGAACAUGACACCCCUCCUGAAACAUGUUGUUUAACCCCAUCAAAAGUUUUAGCCUUAAAGGGUUUUAUUUGGUUAUCAAUGGGUUAUAUGUUUUAUAUCUCCAGUUCAUUAGUUGCUGAAGCGACUGCUGCAGCAUUUGGAUUAUCGUGGGAGAUCAAGUUUGAAGCUUUAUUAGUUCUCAUGAUUGCCUCGUGUAUUGCUGGACAUCACACUGGAAUUCGUCAUGAAAUGCAUGUGAUUUUGGAUACAGCAGCUCCAUAUUUCUUUUUACCCUUUUUUGUCAUGACGGGUGCAGCACUUAAAUUGGACCAAGUUGUGGCCGCAAUUCCUCUUAUGAGUUUAUAUGUGAUUUUACGGUAUAUUGCAAUCUUUAUUGCUUGUUACUUUGGUGGUCGCUAUAUUUUAAAACUUACUCCUCAACAAUACAAUAAUUUGUGGCUUACAAUGACGCCACAAGCUGGUGUGGCACUUGGAUUAGCCAAUGAAGUUCAAGCAAUGAGUGAUGAAUCCUGGGCUGCGGAAUUUUCUGCAACUAUUGUGGCAGCAGUUGUUGUGAAUCAGAUUAUUGGUCCUGUAUUAUGUGCUAUGGGUCUGAGUCAUGCUGGAGAAACCUUGCAAGAUCGACUUGUGAGUACAGAAACGGUUUUGAAAGGAGAAGUGGAUAAUAUGGAUAAAGGAGGAUUGGGUCAAAGUCAUCACGGUGGAUAUGCUCAAAGUAUGCUUGGCAAUCGAUUUAGUACCGUGCAUGGUGCUCGUCCAAGUCAAUUUGAUGCUGGUCGUACAAUGAAUGGAGACCUUUUUAAGGUUAAAAAUGCAGUGGUUAUUGGUGAUGAUGAAGUGGCAUUUGAAGUAGCACUUGGCUUGUCAUUGUACGGAGCUCAAGUAAAUGUCCCACUAUUAGAUGAAGUGCGUACAAAUCAGUGGCGAAAAAUGAACGACACAAUUUUACAACGACGCGAUCUCAUUUCGUAUCGAAAUACCUUAAAAGAUCGGGAUGGAGCUCAAGCUAUGUCAUCUGCUGAUGUUUUGAUCUUUACAGGCGAUGCGAAUCGUACACGUGAGAACAUUCAAAUGCUCAAAUCCUUAAUGGGUACAUCUCAUCCUCGAAUGAUUGCAAUGGUGCCAGAUUCCAAGUUUAGUAAAGAGAUGAAAGCUCUUGGUGUUUUAGUCAUUCAACCUUCAAUUGCUCUUGCAAACAUUACGACACGAAUGGCUUUACUUGAACAGAAAUUAGCUGAAUCAUUAUCAAAUGAAAUCAGUACAACCAGUGAAUUCAGUACUGCUUCGUAUUUCUUACGUGGAGAUCAUCAAGAUCUCAAUGAUAUGCGUCUUGAUGGUCGUCGUUUAGCUUUUGGACGAAAUGUUGUAAAUCAUCAUUCAGUUGAUUAUGAUCGUCUAGCUGAAGCAUUUCGACAUGAACGAUUGCCAAUGCCACCACCACCAUCACGUGUUGCCAUGUUUGGUACAUCAUCUGCUGCUGGGUUUGAUCCGUUUCAGAAUGAUAAAAAUGUAUCGGAAUUUUUUGUCAUGCAUGAUGAAAAUGAUGAACAAGAAGUGAUUUUGAAUGCUCAUUAUUCAACACGUGGGAAUCGUGUGCUCAGUCGUCAACGAUCGUCUAUUAUGCUUGGCAUGAGUCAAAGACGGAAUGGUAAACGUACACCAGGAGGGAACAUUUCAGUGUUUUAA